AUGUCCACCAUGGCAUCCAACAGCGACCGCGCUUCGACCACCAGCUCGGCAUAUGCUGAUUCGGGGAAAUAUCCAUCCUGGGCCAGAAAUAGCGAUGCUGGCAGCCGAAGAGGAAAAGACAAGGAAGACGCCAACAACCUGACCAUCUCGCGUCGUCGAGGUCGCAAGUCGGGAGGCUUCUUGAUGGGCAAUCUCUUUCAGCCUAGAGACAGCGAGGACGACAAGCCGGACUCACCGUUCAAGCAAUCACCGCGAAAGCCCUCGCGACUCAGCCAGAAUGUUUCUAGUCCGCCCGAUAAUGCCGACACAGCAUCUUCGGCACCGCAAGCUUCUCUGGACCCAACCCAGCUGGUGCAAAUGGCCCUCAGUCUGAGCGAAGGUCGACGCCGUCAUGUCAGUGCUAACUUACAAGUCCCUGCUACUUCGACCGACAAGCGUCGAGUGCGUUCUAGUGGUGCUCCUGUCGUACAUGUCUCUCCAGGCUCUCCUAUGGGCAAUGACCUCCUGCAACCCAAUUCUCCCGGCGAUUCUGGUUACCGCGCCUCCACCGAAGACGACGCUAGCUUCACCGCUGGAGAUGAAAUCACCUAUGAAUUCUCUCAAGCAACCCUCCACCGCGCCGAACGAGCACGCAAGUUUUUUGAGCUGUCCUCCGAGUACAGGCGCUUGUUGACAACACUUCCGCCUCUGAAGCCUGCCGUCUCUGCUUCGUCUCCUCGCUCUGGGGCCAGUCAGCAAGAGUUGGGAAGAGAGUACAAUCCGCUGCAACUCCUGCGCAACCGCAAAGCCCGCCAUCGCGAGCAACGUCCUCUUGAUCCGCCAGUUGAAGCCUACGACAAUCCAUCCAAAGUCAAGAGCUAUAUCGACGAGAUAGAACAUGAAGCCAACGACCCCACCUACCGCUCCACCUUAGACACAUCUCUCCUACCAAGUUUUCGCCGCCCCAGCCGCGGCCAGGAUGAUGCGCCUAACCAAGUUACUCGUUCGCACAAACGUACCGACACAGCUGCGACAAGAAUCACACCCUCCGAAACUGGCUGGUCUUUUGGGCCUGCCGAGUUGUUGGCCGACGCUGUCUGGCUGCUACAACCUGCAAACAGAGCAUGCAUAGAGAACAGGCACGGUCACAGAGUAUUCCCCCACCAACCUCGUUCGAGCUUCGAGAGCACGAGAAGCGGCAGGAGAAGUGGCGACAGCAGACCUUCCCUGACGCGUACCAACACUUGGGGCAGUACUGUAAAGAGUGAUGAUGAGACCGAUCGAGGUCGCAUAAGAUCAAAAUUCCUCUCUUUGCGACAUGUUGACAACUCUGCUCGCAAACACUUGUUCAGGAAUAGAUCGCGCUCAAGCAGCAUGUCCAGCGCUACUUCGGCGCGUCCCUCGAAUCGUAAGAAGCAAAUUCUGGGCCCGGGAGAUGCUCCUGAUCUUGACAACACUGGUCCAUUGGAGCGUCAGAUGAAGAAAUUGAUCGAAAAGGAGACUUUGGGCAUUGAAGAAGAUUCAUCUGAGCUGAUUUCGCCGGACAAGUGGGAUAGAGGAAACGAACAGUCAAACGGAAAGACAAGCGCAUCGCCAACUCUGGCUGAUAGUCCGUCUGUAAACAAUCACAAGCGAAACGAUUCAUCUAAGACCGAUGAACCUGGCACGCACGACGAUCGCGCUCGCUCCUCUUUCGAUGACUCUACAGCUCCUAGUUCUCCAAUUCUCGCCAAUCACAUCCCCUCAUUUGGUAUGAGUCUGUCGCCUCCUACGAGUCGUCAAAGUUCGCCAGAGAGGAGAUUUGGUCUCUUCAAGACCAGCAGGAAUGCUUCUGACGACAAAGUCCACCGCACGGAUUUUGCUACCAAUAGCCUAGCCAGUCUUGCCAACUCUCGUCAUGUCAGCGACAAUGUUGAUCCGUCUCGCUCUAGCAUCGACUCCCUACGUCCUCCAGCUCAAGGAAUCAAACGUCACAAAACUUCAAACAGCAUAACCAGUACAUUAUUGAGUCCAGGUCGCCGUAUGUCCAAGGAUGUUGGUGUUGGUCGGUUCUUCAAGGGUGGCCUCAUCGGAGACUUGGUCCGCUCGGAUAGUUCUCGUCAGAAUGAGAAGUCUCGCAAGAAGGAUCAACAGAUCACCUCUGAAAUGACUGACUCUGGCGCGGAGACUGACGAACAAGACGAGAAUCGGCCACGUAAAAUGCCAUCUGUGCCCAGGUCGAAUUCCAUACUUGUUGGAGCUACUCCAAAACAGAAGGAAAAGGAGCGGCAGAAGUUAAAUAAUUCGAAUCUGCCAUCCUUCAAACCGGUCAAUCGUAUCGCGCAAAGCGAUGUAGAGGACGACCACAUUACCCGACAAAGCAAAUUACACAGAGAGGAGAGCAGAUCCUCCAGAUUCGAUAAAUUGGCCCCUCCUCGUAUCAAUCUGCCUCGAGAUGACUCCCCUUCGGUGUCACCAACCAGGAGAACACCCUUCUCACGUAACUCUAGCGACGGCGGCUAUCACAGCGAACACGAUAUGUUGGGUCCCUUGCGCAAGGUCCGUGACCCGGGUGCUUUCGAAGUAAACCUACCAGCACACGAAGACGCAUCCCGAUCACGACACGAGUCGCCAUCGAAACGUCAUUGGAGCAUCUCAGACCGUCAUGGUGCCGAAAGUCAAGAAGCAGAGUCGAUGGUGGUAACUUCUCUUGACAUCGCCCGAAUUCGGGCUCUCUACCUUAGCAGCGGCAUUAAAGCUCAUGAGAUUGUCCAUCGUGUCAACAGUGUCGCAGAUCCGCCUUCGGAGUUUUUUGUUGCCGCAGCAAGGACGUCAAACCAAGGUGUUCAUCCCGUGUGCGUUAAGGAAGAGUUCACAGUCGCUGCACGCAUGCUCCACAAGACAAUCAAAGAUCAGACAACAUCGCUCUCUAAGCAACUUUCAUCUUUUCGCCAGAACGAACUUCCAGGUUUGCACGAUAGGCUCGCAGACUUGCGCAUCAAAGUAGACGAGAAGUUUACACCUCUUGUACAUUCUACCGCCGACGAAGCAGACGCUUUCACCGUGGCGCUUACCACACAACACACUUUGGCUGUUAAACAAGUCAAUGAUGCCAUCGAUACCGUGCUCCGACGCCGCAGAAGAAAUUUGAUCUUCCUGCAGAAAGCCACUUUUACGGUGCUGGAAUGGAUUGUGCUAGGAUUGUUAUGGGGAGUAUGGUUCGUGGUCAUCAUAAUUCGCUUCUUCAGAGGCAUAUUCUCUGGCAUUAUUGGCGGGGUCAGGUGGAUGCUUUUGCUAUAG